AUCCCAUACCGUGACCGGCAGAAUGCUGUUGCCCCCAACACAAUGACAUCACUGUGUCAGUGAGGGGGCAGAGGAGGUAUGGUAGACUGGGCAUACAUACAUACAUACAUACAGCACAGCCAAGUCCACGCCAUGAAGACACCAGUCGUGCUUUCUAGAUAACCCGAGGGUACCGCACUACAGGGGAGUUGUUCUCGGCGUUUGGAAGCACGACUGGGAGUCUGCGUUAGGUACUCUUGCCAGGUGAGCGCACGGGGGGAAAGUCGAGUGCACCCCGACACGAGCGCGCUGCGUGCCCCGACUAUCGGGUAACAGUUUACACACAGUACAGUCAGAUCAGGUUAGCACCCACACGGGCCCGCCUUAGCGAUUCACGGAGAUAUUCUGUCAACUUCCAAUUGCGCCCCAUCGAAAUAUUUUCAUUUGUUUCUUUCAACAACAGGGAGGCUGUGUAUAUGUAAACAGUGACCCAUUCCGAGUGAAAAUGGCCAGUUGUAGGCUGAGCGGAGCGGUGCUGGUGAGCGUGCUGGUGUUUGGAGUCCAGCUGUGUUCCCUGGUGCAGCAGACGUCAGGAGGGUUCGACCUCAACAUGUUCGCGGCGCAGCAGAGCCCGCCCGACCCGUGCUACGACGAGAACGGCAAGCCCCGUAGAUGCAUUCCAGACUUCGUCAACGCGGCGUUCGGGAAGGAGGUGAAGGCGUCGAGCACCUGCGGCCAGCCGGCGAGCCGCUACUGCACCCUGACGGGAAACUCUGCCGACGCCGGGGAGGAACGGGCACGAGUCUGUCACAUCUGCGACUCCGCGGCUCCCAAACGGCAGCACCCCCCUUCGUACCUCACGGACCUCCACAACCCCAACAACGUGACGUGCUGGCAGUCCGAGCCUUACAUACAGUACCCCACCAAUGUAACGCUCAUGCUGUCCUUGGGAAAGAAGUUCGAACUGACGUAUGUUACUCUCCAGUUCUGUUCCCUGCGACCCGAGUCCAUGAUCAUCUACAAGUCUAUGGACUACGGCAAGAGUUGGGUACCGUACCAGUUCUACAGCACGCAGUGCAAGAAGACGUACCAGAAACCCAACAGAGCUCUCAUCACUAGGGCGAACGAGCAGGAAGCCAUCUGCACCGACGCUCACUCCGACAUAGAACCUCUGACGGGCGGGCGCGUCGCCUUCUCGACGCUGGAGGGCCGUCCGUCCGCCUUCAACUUCGACAACAGCCCGGUCCUCCAGGACUGGGUGACGGCCACCGACAUCAAGGUGGUCUUUAACCGCCUCAACACGCUCGGCGACGAGGCGGAGGAAGCCUCCAGAGACUCCUAUUACUACGCGGUGUCUGACUUCGCGGUGGGCGGCCGCUGCAAGUGUAACGGCCACGCGUCGAAGUGUGUCCAUGACCGGGAGGGGAGACUGGCCUGCGACUGUAAGCACAACACGGCCGGGGACGAGUGCGACCACUGCAAGCCUUUCCACUACGACAGGCCCUGGCAACGGGCAACCGCACGAGACGCCAACGAAUGUAUAGCAUGCAACUGUAACCUACAUGCCCGUCGGUGCCGGUUCAACAUGGAACUAUACAAGUUGUCGGGGCGGAAGGGUGGCGGCGUGUGCCUGAAUUGUCGGCACAACACGGCCGGACGCCACUGUCACUACUGCAAGGAGGGGUUCUACCGGGACGAAUCCAAACCCAUCACACACCGCAAGGCAUGCAAAGCCUGUGACUGUCACCUUGUGGGGGCCUCCGGUAAGACAUGCAACCAAACCACGGGCCAGUGUCCGUGCAAGGAUGGCGUAACUGGCCUGACCUGCAACCGCUGCGCCAAAGGCUUCCAGCAGAGUCGAUCGCCCGUUGCCCCCUGCAUAAAGAUCCCGAGAGGGCCAACAAGUGUGCCCAGCCCAUCCUAUCCCAAACCAGAUGAACGGUGUCCAGAAUGCAUGGGAGCCAAGAAAGUUAACAGGAAAAACUACUGCAAGUCAGGCUAUGUUAUCCAGUGUAGCAUACUGUCGAGGGAGAUCCUAGGGGAAUGGACUAAGUUCACCAUAAACGUUGGGACUAUAUUCAAACGCGAGCAGAGCUUGAAACUUCGGCGCGGAGACCAGUACAUGUACGUGCGGCAGUCGGAUCUGCAGUGCAAGUGUCCCAAGCUGCGACUCGGGCGCAAAUAUUUGCUGAUGGGUUCGGUGGACAGUAACAACAACAGAGAAGGCCUGACGCUGGACUACAGAAGUACGUCCAUACCCUGGCGGAACAGAUGGGGGAAGAGACUCCGUCGGCUCCAGCGGCGCCAGAAAGAUGGCAAAUGUUGAUUCAACCUUCAUGCCAUGUGGAAACGUUUUUAUUUUUCUCUUGGACAUAAUAAAAACCUGACUAAAGACUGGAUAGGACCAGUGUGUAUGGCACACAUAUGUCAGAACUUCACACACAGAGGAUUACGGCAGAACUCUCGGACUGGAUUUACAGAUUCUGCAGAAGUAUACGACAACCCGAGACCCUUGUCAAUAGUGUUGUCUGCAACAGAACGCAGGGAACUCUUCUUCCCUUUUUACGUUCUUGUUUUCUUUUUUGUUGGAACAUAUCAGAGUAGUUAAAAGCUGCACGAAAAGAAUUGAUCUAGUGGAAGGUAUAUGACAUUGUCUAGUAUAAAAAGGACGAAGCCGUUAUUUUUCAUUCUUCACAACUUCACCACUUGUUUCAAAUACUUUUUUUAUAUAUUCAUCAGGCACUGUUCUGGCUAUUGUUGCAUCAAAUACAACAACUUUUUCAGCAUGUACUUUGUAUUUCCUUUCGUAUAAUAGAAACCAUGACCAGUGCCAUCUUUGUAAUUUUUUACAAAACACCACAUAAAGAUUUGGUAAUUUUUUUGGCGACGCCUCCAGGGAGGAGGCAUUUUUCUAGCUGUAAUUAUUCUUGAGGUUGGAUCCAUGAAGACAAGGAAGGAUGUAACUGAUGAUGGCUAAGUAAAAACUAGAGUAAGGAAUAUUUAUGAUAUGAAGAAAUAAUAACAAGUAAUUCAGAUGCUACCAUUGAGCAAUAAUUCUUGUUUUAUUUGUAUUGUACUAAUGACAAAAUAGACAAAACUUGCAAGUGUAAGUAUAUCGAUGGAUGUGUGUGUCAGUGGCUUGAUGUCCUGUACAAAGCUGAGGCUUGUAACGUUUCACAACUUCCAUAGACUAGCCAGAGUCGUGUACAUGUGGUAUUUUUGCUCCUCAUUCUUGUUGCCAAUUCGUAGUGUGUAGAUAAAUGCUAUACUCGCUAUUUAUUACAUCUUACCACCCCCGAAACGGGGGGUAUAAUAUUCUAAAAAAAAUGUUGUCACUGUAAAAGAUCCUGUCUAUUAUUAAAGGAUGGGUGAGGAGAAAUUGUAUCUCCAUCAGUAUUUGCCCCUUGCUUUAGGCGUCCGUUGGUUUUGCCAGUGAGAUACGAGACUGAAAGGCUGCUAGGGGGACGUGUUGUCUUUUCAUUGUCAGUGACGUGUUUGUUUAUUCAUUCUAAUAUAACUGUGGACUCUGUACAAACUAACCAAAAAACAAUGGAUUCAGAACUAUUAAAUGUAAAUUUAUGUACAAGA